CAGAACUCCAUGGAGUCACUGAGUCCUCUGGAAACAUUUUAGCUCUGCUAGUUGUAAGCUUACUGGGAAUUGCCUACUGGAUAAAGAGAUUCUAUAUUUCUGAUUUUCAAAAAUCCCUAACUCCACCAAUCAGCUCCAAAUGGACAGCAGGACUCUGCUUCCUCUUGAUCCUCCAGACUGCAUUUUUUCAUCACUGGGAUCCAGAAAUUCGGAAACUAGUGUACAGAAGAGGCAGAAGGCUGUCAAGAUACGUGUGAUAGACGUGGGGGUCCGAUAUCCAUCUGAGUGGUAUAAGACCCUCACAAUGCUCCUCUAUGCAGGAUGCUCCUUGCUGAUCUCCUCUUCUUUAAUACUUUUGUCCAACAAAUGGGCCCCUGCUAAGCAUGCCACCUCCCCAACUGCAGCUUUUAUUAAAGAUGCUAACUGGGUCUUUGAAAUUUCCAAAGUCACAAGUUUCCUGCUGGUAGCACUUUGGCUCCUUCAGUGGUUUUUACUACGAUAUAGGUCAAUUGUUGGACGUCGGUUUUUGUUCAUUAUUGGUACUCUCCAUCUAUAUCAGUCUUUGAUCAUAUAUGUCAUGGUUCUGCCCAUCCCAUCAUCUGACAUAACUUCUGAAGAGAAGUUCUAUGAAGAUUGGAAACUUUUGCUGAAACAGUCAUUGAAAAUAGCAUCAGCAGAUGGAUUAUUUCAGCGAUCAUCAGUUUUCUGUGGUAUCUAUAUGUAUGGUCAUGCAUCCAAUCUCAUUCUCGCCUACCUUUUUAUUAAAGCCUAUUCACCAGGAAAAUUCUGGGUCUAUCAUGUAUUGUGCUGGUCCUUAUGUGUCACAGGAUUAGUAUCAGCCAUUUUGCUUCAUGCCUAUAAUCUGCUGGACCUCAUUGUUUCUUAUUUCAUGACAACUAGGCUAUUCUGGUGGUAUCAUACAUUGGCUAAUCAUAAAUGGCUGAAGAAAUCAUCUCCUCCGAACUACCUCGCCAGCAUCUGGUGGUUCAGAAUCUUUGUCUUCUGUGAGGAAAAUGUCCUUGGAACUCUUCCUCAUUCUUACUCCUGGCCGAUAUCCUGCUCAGUAAGUCAAGAGAAAAAGCAGACCGAGCCAAAGCCGAAUCAAUAUGAAGCCUGAGCCCUAAUGGAGAUUUGGGUGAAAAUGCGAGAAAUUGACUUACACCUGUUAAAAAUAUUUUUUCCUCUUUAAAUGCGCUAAAGACAAAAAUUUGCUGUAUAUAUUCAGUUCUGAUGGAGUUUCCAAGACAGUUGACAGUGAGGGUAUCAUCUCCUUUCAAGUGUUUGCAAAUCUUUGCUUGCUACCUCAUGCCCACUUGCUUGCACUCUUGUAUAACAUGUAAUAAAUAAUA